GGAGGGAGGGAGAGGGAGGAAAGAGAGUCACUGGAAUGGCCAACUUGUUAACUCAAACUCUCCUCCUCUCCCUCUCCCUCUCCCUCUCCCUCUUCCUCCUCUCCCUUCCUCCUCUCCCUCCUUCUCUUCGUACUACUCAGUGGACCUGUUGCUGUGACGAGAGGAGGCAGUGGCUGUGGCUGUGUCUGUCUGGAUCUACUCUCGCCUCUCACUCACUCACUCACUCACUCUCCCUUCCUCUCACACGCACAUUGCUACACACACACACACACAUACACGCUUACUUUCACACCUCGUUUCCUUACAAGCUUAAAAAUAUGAAACUGACGGAGGCGCAGCGUGGGUCUGAGCUGGCACCCCUGCUGGCGGCUGGCUGGGUCAUGGUGGAGGGCAGGGACGCCAUUACCAAGACAUUCACCUUCCAAGACUUCAUUCAGGCGUGGGGGUGGAUGAGUCGCGUGGCCCUGCAGGGUGAGAAGAAUGACCAUCAUCCGGAGUGGAACAACGUGUACAACAAAGUGGAGGUGACCUGGUCCACUCAUGACUGUGGUGGACUCUCCCUCAAGGACGUCAAGCUGGCCACUUUCUGCGACCAAGCUUAUGCCAAGAACUGAUGGGCUGACUGGCUGACUGACUGAUUGACUGACUGACUGGUGGAUUGGUGGACUGACUGACUGACUGAUUUACUGAUUGACUGAUUGACUUGACUGAUUGACUGGGUGACUGGUGGAUUAGUGGUCUGACUGACUGAUUGGAUGGUUGGUGAAGUGGCUGACUGACUGACUGGAUGGCUGACUGACAUAUGGCUAAUUGACUGACUGACUGGAUGACUGACUAUAACUAACUAACUGACUGACUGACUGACUGACUGACUGACUGACUUAAUGAAUGAUAAACUGAUGGGGUGAAGGGCCGGAUGUGGUGAUAAUUUGAUGGGGUGAAGAGCUGUUUAGAUAAUGAACUGAUGGGGUGAAAGAUUGACGGGGCGAUAUAUUGAUGGGGUGAAUGGUUGACGGGGUGAUGAACUGAAGAGGUGAAGGGCUGUUUGACUAAUAAAUUAAUGGGUUAAGGGGCUAUUUAAGUGA